AUGGGUCUACAUAAUCCUCUUCCGUCUUCAAUGGCGUCCGAGUGCAAGAAAUGUGGAAAGAUUCUCACUUCUUUUGUUGAUCCUCGCCAGGCCUUUUCUCCAGAUAAAGUCAUUCCUCCAAACAUUUUAGCAAAUGCAAAGGGCCUCGCUAUUCUCACAGUUAUCAAAGCUGGAUUCCUCGGAUCCGCGCGAUACGGAAAUGGAGUCGUUGUAGCGAGACUUUCGGAUGGGACAUGGAGUGCCCCUUCUGCGAUAGGAACUGGUGGUGCUGGAUUUGGUGGACAAAUCGGGUUCGAACUUACGGAUUUUGUGUUUAUUCUUAACGAUGCGGCGGCGGUACGGACAUUCUCGCAACAAGGAUCGCUUACACUUGGUGCGAAUGUGUCGAUAGCAGCAGGUCCAGUAGGGCGCAAUGGAGAGGCGGCAGGAGCAGCGAGUCUGAAGGGUGUCGCUGGUAUCUUCAGUUAUUCGAAAACGAAGGGGUUGUUUGCUGGUGUAAGUUUGGAAGGGAGUGCUAUUAUUGAGAGAAGAGAUGCGAACGAGAAAUUGUAUGGACAGCGAUUUACAGCGGCACAACUUUUGGGGGGCGCGGUCCGACCUCCUCCAGCGGCGGAUCCUCUUAUGGCUGUAUUAAACUCGCGGAUAUUCGCUGGAGUUGCGGGUAAUUCUGAUGGGCUCUACAACGAAUCUCCGAUUUAUGAUGAGACUCAUGACGAUGUGGUCUGGGAAGGUCGAAGAGGGAGCGCGAUGGGACAAGGAGUUACUCGAGAUCGCACAGGCAGUAUGGGACAGGGUAGAGGGGCACCAGACGAUUACGUUUACAGCGACAAGCCGAAACGUGCGAAUACCUGGGCAGACGAUAUCUAUGACAGACCUUCGAAUGGACCGUCGCGAUCGAGUACCUUCAACGCAGGCCGUUCACAAAGAGGGUUUGACGACGACUAUAACUUUACAGACUCACCCGUCAGUCCUGGAGGAACCAAGAAAAUUGGUCCAGGGAGACCAGCAGCGCCAAAACCACUGUUCAGAAGCAAGACUGGUGAUUUGAAACAGGAUGAAGCGGUUGCGCUGUUUACUUUUGAUGCGGAUCAGCCUGGGGACCUGGGCUUCAAGAAGGGUGAUAUUAUCAGAGUUACUAAGAAGACUGAUAGUGCCAAUGAUUGGUGGACGGGCAUCAUCGGGACAAGGACGGGAAUAUUCCCAAGUAAUUAUGUUGAGAUGAAGAAAUAA